GUGGGCGGAGUCUGACUGUCGUGCUCUCUGUGUGCGUCUCUUUAACGCCGCCUUCCCGGGCAGCUCGGCUCUGGACCCGACAAACACCAGGAGGAUGGAGCGAGCGGAGUGAAUCCCUGACGUUUUAUUUCUUACAGAUACUUUUUUUCCUCCCUCAGAUUCUGAAAGGGAGCAGGGGGGGUUUGGAUGAGCGCGCCCACCAGAAAGCUGCCUGUCAGUGUGGUUGAGAGCAGCUGUCUGUCUGGGUUUUGGACCGGAUCCGGUUUCACAUUCAGCCCGGACCAGCUGAGCUGAGAGCCCCACAGAGGGGGGCUCGCUUCUCCGCUUUCCUCCUCUCCGAACCCAGCUUUUUAUUUUUUUAUUUUUUCUGUUCGGCGAAAAGCUCCCGAACACUCCGGCGGAGGAAAAAAAAAAGCGCAAAUAUUGGGAUUUUCUCCCCAUCUUCCUCCUUUCCUCUUCUUUUUAUUUUUAUGCAUUUUUGCAGGAUUUUCGAGGCGCAGAGAAUUAGAUAAGAAGGGCGGCAGAAGACAUGGACGAGCAGCCGAGGUUGAUGCACUCUCACACGGGGGUGGGCAUGGCGGGGCACCCCGGCCUGCCGCCGCACAUGCAGGACGGCGGCGGAGGAGCGGACGGUGACGGCAGGAAGCAGGACAUCGGAGACAUUUUACAGCAGAUCAUGACCAUCACGGACCAGAGUCUGGACGAAGCCCAGGCCAGGAAACACGCUCUGAACUGUCACCGAAUGAAGCCGGCUCUUUUCAACGUCCUGUGUGAAAUCAAAGAAAAAACAGUGCUGAGCAUCCGCGGAGCCCAGGAGGAGGAGCCUCCAGACCCCCAGCUCAUGCGACUGGACAACAUGCUGCUGGCAGAGGGGGUGUCCGGCCCAGAGAAAGGCGGGGGCUCCGCCGCCGCAGCUGCCGCCGCCGCCGCUUCGGGAGGGGCGGGGGCCGACAACUCAGCCGAGCACUCGGACUACCGAGCCAAGCUGUCCCAGAUCCGACAGAUUUACCACACAGAACUGGAGAAGUACGAGCAGGCGUGUAACGAGUUCACCACCCACGUGAUGAACCUGCUGCGGGAGCAGUCGCGCACACGGCCCAUCUCGCCCAAAGAGAUCGAGCGCAUGGUGAACAUCAUCCACCGCAAGUUCAGCUCCAUCCAGAUGCAGCUCAAGCAGAGCACCUGUGAAGCUGUCAUGAUUCUGCGCUCCCGCUUCCUCGAUGCCAGACGGAAAAGACGGAACUUCAACAAGCAGGCCACAGAGAUCCUGAAUGAGUAUUUCUACUCCCACCUCAGUAACCCGUACCCCAGCGAGGAGGCUAAAGAGGAGCUGGCUAAGAAGUGUGCCAUCACAGUGGCUCAGGUACCGAACAUCACCUGAUGACCCGCUAAUGUUACACAAAUAACAAGAACAUUUUUCUUUCUUCACCACAGCAACUGUCAGCAGCGACUACAUAACAUUGUUAGUAAAUUGAAGCGCUCUAAUAAUUUGUUUCUUUUUUUAGUCAACAGAACAUUCAAAAUAUUAACAUGACGUAGUUCCGUCAUGUUAUAACUCAAUCCAGACAAACUAUUUUCAUGACACUUUUAAAGAACCAUAACCUUAGCAUGGUAUUCCCUUUAAUUUAGCAAUAAUU